GUUUCGCAACACCUGGUCGUGGGGCUGCACCCACGAAGGGUGCACAAUGAAGCCACGCAUAUCGCGCGAGGGCCCUGGCCGGGUGCGCUGCACCCACGACACGCUGCUUCCGUACCACUGGGAGGUGGCGGACGUGGACGGCCGUUCGCCCGAGCUGCUUUUCACAGAGAACGAGACCAACUUCGAGCGCCUGUACGGCGGGCAGAACCGCACCCCCUUCGUCAAGGACUCAUUCCAUGACCAUGUGAUAAACGGUAAAAAGGACUGUGUGAAUCCUAAAGGCCACGGCACGAAGGUUGGCGCCCACUACGUGCUGCACGUCAAGGCCGGGGAGAGCGUCACACUCGACUCGCGACUGUUCCAGGACGACGAGGCCGCGUCACCGUCGCUGGGGGAGCCGUUCGACGCUGUGUUCUCAAAGCGGAAGGCGGAGGCGGACGCCUUCUACGCGCGGGCGAUUCCGGCGCGGCUCAACGCUGAGGAGACAAACGUAGCGCGGCAGGGCCUGGCCGGCCUGCUCUGGACGAAGCAGUUCUACCACUACGUCAUCAAGGACUGGCUAGAGGGCGACCCCGAGCAGCCGCCGCCGCCGCCAGAGCGCCGCCGGGGCCGCAACAACGACUGGAUGCACCUCUUCAACCGUGACGUCAUCUCCAUGCCCGACAAGUGGGAGUACCCCUGGUACGCCUCCUGGGACCUGGCAUUCCACAUGGUGCCGUUCGCGCUGGUGGACGUGGACUUCGCCAAGGGUCAGCUUAUGCUCUUUCUCCGGGAGUGGUACAUGCACCCUAACGGCCAGAUACCAGCGUACGAGUUCGCUUUCGACGACGUCAACCCACCGGUGCACGCCUGGGCCGUCCGGAAGGUGUUCAAGGGCACCGGGCCGCGCAAGCAGCGCGAUACCAAGUUCCUGGCGCGCUGCUUCCAAAAGCUCAUGCUCAACUUCACCUGGUGGGUGAACCGGAAGGACCCGCGGGGGAAGAACAUCUUCUCCGGAGGCUUCUUGGGCCUGGACAACAUCGGCAUCUUCGACCGCUCCAAACCCCUGCCCAUCCACGGACAGCUGGAGCAGGCGGAUGGCACGGCGUGGAUGGCCUUCUACUGCGUCGUCAUGCUGGACAUCGCCCUGGAGCUGGCGGAGGUGGACGCUACCUACGAGGACAUGGCGUCCAAGUUCUUCGAGCACUUUAUCCACAUCAUGGAUGCCAUCAACAGCGCAGGACAGGGAGAAGGCCUGUGGGACGAACAGGACGGCUUCUACUACGACUUCAUCCGGACCGAGUCAGGCUGCUCGAUCCCGCUGCGCGUGCGCUCGAUGGUCGGCCUGAUCCCGCUCUUUGCCUGUCUCGUGCUCGAGGGCGCGCGCGUCAGGAAACUCACCGGGUUCUGGAAGCGCACGCAGUGGUUCAUGCAAAACCGAAAGGACCUCUUUGGAAGGGUGGCCUACAUGACGUCUUCGGAGGACGGACUGGACAACUUCCUCCUCGGCAUUCCCACCGAGAAGCAGUUGGUCAGCGUCCUGCGCUACCUGUUGGAUGAGGAGGAGUUCCUCAGCCCGUACGGCGUGCGCUCCCUCUCGAAGAAGCACAAGGACCACCCGUUUGUGAUCUCGCUAAACGGUGAGCGGUACUCGGUGCCGUACGUGUCUGGCGAGUCCAACACGCACCUGUUCGGUGGCAACUCCAACUGGCGUGGCCCCAUCUGGCUGUGCGUCAACUUCCUGCUGAUUGAGGCUCUCGACCGCUACUACUUCUUCUACGGCAAGAGGCUGACGGUCGAGUGUCCGGUCGGCUCGGGACGGCAGCUGACGCUGCGCGAGGUGGCCUGCGAGCUGGCCGCCCGCCUCAUCCGGCUCUUCGUGCCUGGAGAGGACGGGCGCCGGCCCUGCCACGGCAACUCUGCCCAGUACGCAGAGGACCCGUUCUGGCGCGACCUGGUCCUCUUCUACGAGUACUUCGACGGGGACUCGGGCCGCGGCUGCGGCGCCUCCCACCAGACCGGCUGGACUUCGCUCAUCGUCAACUGCCUAAUGAUGAAGCUGGGCGUGCGACACGCCGGCCUCGCCUGGCGCUACGACGCCCAGCCGUGAGCGCGAGGAGCGCUGGCGGGCCGAAGUCGACACGUGGCCAGCUGCGGAGGACCGGACUUCCGGCGGUGACUAGACGCACCGACCGGAGCGGGCCGGUGCCAGCCAGGAGAGUGGCGUCGAAGCGGCUGGGCUACGCCAUGCCAAGGGGCGAGGGUAAUGUGGGGCCAAUCGCACCUCAAAACCGCGCGGUGGAUUAGCACGAGACUGUAGGGCUGUUCAUGAGCCGCGAAACGCCUCUCUUGAGGCACCGAACGUGGAGCUGAUGCGCUAGAACUGGAAACGAGACGGGGGGCGUACGGCAUCUCUGAGGUCGUGUGCUGAGACCGCGGUGGAAUCCAGAGCUGCUGUCUAUCUAGGCAAGCAGCACGGUGAGGGAGCUCUUCUUAAAUCCAACGUAGUUCUGAAAGCCUUGUAGAAAUCGGUGUAAUGCAAAGAGCCAUUCUAUGUGUUUCUAUAUAUUACAUUUUUUAUUGAUAAUGAACCUUCGUGGGAUGUGCGGUUCUGGCAUGUUGAAUGUCGUAUUCUUUACGAGCGUGUUGCUGGAGAAGAGAUAUGGGAUUACUCGACCGCUUCUAAGGUGACAAGGCAGUCUCAGCUGCUUUUGUAUGCGGUGGCGAGAACACAGUGUUAUUGGCUCAGACUGGUUGACGUAGCUGAGACAUGAUGAGAUGCUGUCGACUUAGUUGGUACCAUUCGGUCCCGCCUGUGAAGCGGUCGAUUGUAUUGCGAUACUCAGCCGAGUUGAGGUGGAGGGUAUCUUUAGCCACGGGAUGCUGCCGUAUCGUAGUAGUCGGAGCUCUCCGGCCGGCCUGCUUCUCAAAUGCACUGCCAUGGAAGUGGACUUUACUGUCACAAAAUAAACUGAAUGCUUUUGCCUUUUGCCAA